CUCAACCAUACGUUAGCUCUCCGUUUUCCCCGCAUUUUUUUUGCAAGAACUCGACGAGAUGGGAUGGAGAGGGAUGGCAAGCUGUGGGGAUAGGAAAAGCAAGGGAGAGGAGGGAAGAGGAAACAGGUGACAAAAGGGGAUGAAAAUUGUGUAUCGGAGGAGAGAAGGAAGAUCUGCGACGGCAACUAAGGAAUUAGGGUGGAGUCGUGGGACGUUGCGGUUGCAGUGGGUGACUUGGGUAUGUGGCGGAGGCUGGCAAAGAGAAUAGAUUUUGGUAGAGGGUUCUGUGUGCCCUUUUUCAAAUCAAAUGACUGGCAAACAACAAUUCAUUUAUCAAGCCAAGCAAAUGGUGCAAAGAAGCUGGAGUUCAGCAAAAACAUUUAUAGUCAUGGGAUUUCUCCGCUGUUGAGUGUGUUGUUCAGAAGCCAUUGCAAAGAAAAACCACACAUACAGAGACUACUAGGAUUCCUUCUGUUGAUUCAAGAUGCUUGCUAAGAUGUGUGCUUUCUCUUUUGCUUGAAUAGACUGGUUUCUCUACCCUCAACCGUAAGUGCAAGCAUUACUGUUCCAUAGUAGAAAUGGUUGUUAAUAGUAGGAAAAGUGGCUGAUGUAAAUGAUUGUGGUGAUCCUUUUUUUGUUGGUUGUGAGCCUGAACAUGUUAACAGUCUAUUUUCUGUUCUGAAGGAGCAAAAUCAUGUCGUUCAAGAUUUAACUGCUAAGUCCAUAUUUGCUCAGGUUACAUUUUUUUUUUUUUUUGUUUAAUUCCUUUAUUCAUUUUUAAAAUAUUUUAAAAGAAAGUGUGAUGAAAUGAUUCUAUUCUUAUAUUUUAGUACUAUUUUUUUUUUCAUUCUAUUUUUUGCUCUUUAAGAAUUGUAUUUACUUGGGAUCACUACAACAGCUCAUUAGUCUUUCUAGCACAGAGACAGUGGGGCCUACAAUAUCUUCCUCAUCUGAAUGCGAGGUUUUCAAAGUUUAGCAUGAGUUCUUCAAACAUUAGCAAUAUCUUACCUUCAAGGAUCCUUCCUGUUUUGAUGUGUUUGGAAGAUGGUAUCCCUUUUUGCACAUAAAAGUGUUUCUUUGAUUUUCAAGCAUUGUCCUAAGUAUCCUUUUUUUUUUUUUUCUUUUCUUUUUCGUGCUUCGAUUUUGAUUCUCUCGAUGUUUCUAAGAUGGACCAAUCUGUUCUGCGACAGUCCCCUAAUGCUCUCAAAGAGAGUUUAGGGUUCAGGCCCCACUGGUAAGCCCUAACCUCUUCUUUUUCCAAUUCACUUCUCCUGAUGUUUACAAAAAAUGUGAGAUUUAACAGCUUCAAGUUGGUGAAUUUGUCACCAAUGUGCUAUCUUUGAAGGAAUUUCACAAAUUUUGAUGAGCACAAGUGUUUGAGACCUGUCCUUUUUGUGAUUUCUUGCAUGUUCUGUUUCUAGGAUUUUGUUUUUGAGGUUCAAGAUACCCAACCAGGUGAGCAAUUUUUGCUAAUUAUGCAUUUUAGACUUUUGAGAGGCAUUGUGCUUGAGAAUUGGUUGUUUUUUGAAAUUAUUUUCCUCCUUGAGUGUACGGUUUUCUUGAGUUUUAAAGUACCCAUGUGAUGACUGAUUUCUUGAGUGUCUAGAAAUUCUGAAUUUUUCUGGAUAAAUGAAUAAUAACCUUACUAUCACGCAACACGCAUGAUACUCUACGGGGAAUGAAUUGGCCUAUCAAAACAGCCAAAAUAAGGAAAGGAAAAGUAGAACAAAAGCUGCAACAACCUGAUCUGACAGCCACUGAAAGCUUAAUGUGGGAGGUUGUGAAGAGCAUACAUAAUGACAAUUCCAAUUUGUGGACAAUUGAAUGUCAAGGAGCUGGACAAUCUGAGCGAUAAAGAAUUGCACAACUGCAGAAUCAGUUAAAUGAAUGGAUAAUAUUGGUUAAGGAGGAAAAGUUAAGAUAAAGUUUCAUGUAAAUAUUAACAGAAUUCUCUAGUAUUAUCUGAAUUCUAUGCAUUUCCUCUUUAUCCCUCCUUUAUCUUUCAGUUCUAUUUCUUGUUGGUAAACUUAUAAUAUUCAGAUCUAUCUAGUCUAGGAGACCUUGAUUAAGAAACUUAAUAUCAUCUGUUUGGUAUAGAUUGAAAUAAUCAAUUUUUCACUUU